CAGCACCCCACAUGAGCAAAGAACGAUGGCGAAAACAUCAGUAGUGGUUCCGCGGCACGCUUCCGCUAUGCUCACCAAUCCAGACCAAUCUUGCUGUGGUUAGUUCCUUCGCCCUUCGCCAACCUUGGAACCGAUCGUGACCCCACUAUGCAAAUACAGCUAGCUCAGAUCCACACCCCUACAAGUACAAAAGGAUUAAGCCGCUCGACGAAGGAGUUCGCCGCCACUCUUAACACUUUUUGUUGCUGAGCGUCGUUGGUGGAGAUGACGCCGGAUUCUAGAAGAGAUGGGAUUCUAGAAGAAGAUAAAGAAAAAGAUGAAGGCAACAUAUCGGCGCUAGAGGAAGAGGCCGAAGUAGUGCAAGCCCAGCAGCCGUUGAGCAGCAAAGAUGAAGAGGAGGCUGCGAGAUCGGAGGGUAACGGGAGCGGAUUACCAUUUUCCAAAGCGAGGUGUAUUGCGUUAGUUCUGACAGUUACGGGAGCUGCCUUUCUAAAUACCUUGGGCGUCCAAUCCUCGGUUAUCAUUCUCCCGACGAUUGGCAGAGCGCUCGAUAUCCCGGGUAGUCGUCAGCAAUGGAUUGUUUCGGCAUACAACCUUACCUUUGGUUGCUUCCUACUUCUGUGGGGUCGCUUGGCAGAUGUCUAUGGCAAACGACUCAUCUUCAUCUUCGGUUCUGCCUGGGUUACCGUCAUGUCGAUUAUCAUUCCUUUCAUCCCGAAUGAGAUUGGAUUUGAUGUUCUGCGAGGGUUCCAGGGGCUAGGAGCUGCGGCGAUGGUGCCUACUGCCAUUGGUAUCCUGGGCGUUACGUUUCCUCCUGGGAAGGCGAAGAAUUAUGCGUUCUCAUGCUAUGGUGCUGGAGCGCCCUUGGGUGGCAUAUUCGGAAACAUCUUCGGUGGUGUACUCGGCGAAUACUUGAACUGGCGCUGGGUCUUCUGGAUCUACGGCAUCCUCGCCGCUCUCUGCACGAUAGCCGGCAUCUUUGUCAUCCCGUUGCCACCCGUGCAACGCGAACCCCGAAUGCGCAACACAGUUGACUGGAUCGGCGGCACCAUCAUCACCGUUGGCCUCGUCAUUCUGCUCUUCGCCCUCUCCGAGGGAAACGUCGUGGGCUGGAGCACUCCCUGGGUUCCCACUCUCAUCGCCGUCUCCAUUUUGCUCAUCAUCGCCUUCGGCUUCUGGCAGCAGCAUCUGGAGACCAAGACGGAAAAGCGCCCGUUGAUGAAGAUGUCCAUCUUCAAGAAUGUCAAGUUCACUGCUGCGAACGUUAUCAUGCUGCUGUUCUUCUCGUCCUUCAACAAUUACCUCAUCUACGCAACGUACUGGUUCCAAGACUACCAAGGUCUCUCAGUCAUCCAGACGACAAUCCGCUUCAUCCCAACCGGUGUAACAGGAGUCCUCGUAGCCUUCGUAACGUCCCAACUCCUCUCUCGCGUCCGCGGCGACUUCAUCCUCUCCUUCGGCAUAACCAGCGUCUCGCUCUCGUCCCUGCUCUUCGCCAUCCCCAUCCCGACGCACACAACAUACUGGGCCUACGCCUUCCCCGCCAUGGUCCUCUCCGUCUGUGGCGCCGACACGCUCUUCCCCACUCUCACCCUCUUCGUCGCGAAGAGCCUGCCGCCGGAGGACCAGGCGCUCGGCGGCGCGCUGAUCAACGCCGUGGGUCAGAUUGGGAGGGCGCUGGGCCUCGCGAUUGCGACCGCGGUGCAGACGGCGGUUGUUGCGAGGGAGAAGGGGGUUAGUGUAGAUCAGAUUGGCGGGGAAGGGCAUGGGCUACGCCCUUGGGAUGAGGCACUUAAGGUGGGGAUUAGGAGUACGGCGUGGCUGAACUUUUCGCUGGGGGUGGCGGGGUUGGGUGUGGUGUUGCUGUUCUUCAAGGGGGCGGGGCCGGUUGGGGGCAAGCAUUAG